AUGUCACCAGUUGGUAAAAGCACUCAUCCUAAACGUUCUUUGUUGACACCGGUGUCAUCAUCGUGGUUAAUGACAAACCGAUCAUUGCUUAAGAGACGAUUCCACCCACUUUUAGUUAUAUCAACAGGGGAUCCCCUUAGUCGCGGUUGGGCACUCAGUACUGGGCACAACCAAACUCAGGCCAUUAUUCUAUGGACUGCGCUCCUGGGCCCGGGCAUCAAUCCAGUCAGCUUCACCAGAAGUAGGUUUCCAGACGGUCAGGCAGCCUACAACACAUGCACGUUUUGGACACCAACACAGGAGGCUAGGCAGCAACCAAGGCGUGACCUAAGUGAAUUCAGCUAG